AUGUUCAAUAGCUUCGAUCUGCUCACGCAGGCGGGGGUAACUAUUGACCUGAUGGAAAACAGCAUAAACUACGGUAAUACUUCGGAAAUACUCAAUCACCAUCCGUGCGAUAACGUGAACUUUACACGUGUCGAUGAUAUCGUAGUCCCAAAUUCCGUAAAAGGCGAAUUCAAGAAAAUGAUACUGAAGAGAAUUAGUGCAUUCGCGACCUCUAACGAGGCACUGCCUUACAAUACUUCAGUCGUCGCCAGGAUCCGGACUGUAGACAAUAAGGAGGUAUAUUCAAAGCCCUAUCCAUACCCAGUAGGCGUGUCAGAUUUUGUAAACAACGAAGUCGCACAGCUGUUGAAAGAUGGCAUCAUAAGGCCAUCAAGAUCUGCGUAUAAUAGCCCAGUCUGGGUUGUUGAUAAGAAAGGAAUAGAUUCCAACGGAAAUAAGAAUAAACGGCUGGUCAUUGACUUUAGAAAACUAAAUGAGAAGACCAUCGCCGACCGAUAUCCGAUGCCGACCAUGCCUCCUCCAAAGAAAUCUCCCGCGGCUAAGAAAACCGAUAAUAAUGUGGUACUGCAAGCCAUCAAAUCUUGCAUUAUCGAUGAAAAUGCAAUCCGUAAAAGUGCGAGAGAGCAUGGUAUAAACGACAGGACCUUAUCGCGAUACGUACAGAAAACGAAAGAUAAUUUUGAAGAUAUUUCGAAAGUGAAAGAUGAGGAUUUGUUGGAAUUCAUUCGUGUUGUUGGUACAAGAACUCCAUCAAACAUGGUUUUCUCUCCAGCUCAAGAAAAAGAUCUCGUUGGAUACAUCCUGAAGUGUGUCACUCACUACUAUGGUUUGAGCAUCAAUGAAUUGAAAGAGCUGGCGUACCAGUUUGCAAGGAAGCUGUCUCUUAGGUACCCACCUGAAUGGGAUAACGAUUGUAAAGCGCAUCGUAAGUGGUACAUACUCUUCAUGCAACGGCAUAGCGAACUGACGCUCAGAACACCGGAGCAAACAUCCAUGAACCGAGUCAAAGCUUUCUGCAAACCUAAUGUAGACAAGUUUUUCGCAAAUUUGUCUCGGUUAAUCGAUGUACACAACUUUGACAAUUUUUCCAUCUAUAAUAUGGAUGAAAGUGGGUUUUCCACUGUGCCAACAAAAAUUGGAAAAGUCAUCGCUAUGAAAGGUGUGCGGCGUGUGGGAAAACUAGAAUCUGCCGAGCGAGGAACCAUGGUGACAAUGGCUCUCACUGUUGGUGCGAAUGGCGAUUCAGUCCCGCCGUUCUUUUUAUUUCCAAGAAAGAACAUGCAAUCAACUUUUUUGGACAAUGUUUCUCCUGGUACUGCUGGAUUUGCGAAUGAUUCUGGCUGGAUGUGCCAGCCAGAGUUUGUCCUAUACAUUCGUCAUUUCAUCAUGUUCCUGAAACCAUCAAAGGAUCAUCCGGUGCUGCUGUUGAUGGACAACCACGUUUCGCACAUGUCGGUGGAAGCUCUCGACAUUGCAGCUGCAAACGGUGUCCAUAUCUUGUCUUUCCCGCCUCACUGCAGCCACCGUCUACAGCCACUGGAUGUGUCCGUAUUUGGCCCAGUGAAGACUUACUAUAAGUCACAAUGUUCCGCUUGGCAAAAGAACAAUGCAAAUAAGGUUUUGGAAAUUCGACACAUUGCUGGGCUUGUGUGCGCUACAUUGGAUUUGGCUUUAACGCCAAAAAUAAUUAAGGCGGGCUUUGCUGCAACGGGCAUUGCUCCAUUCAAUCCCGACAUCUUCACAGACGCCGAUUUUGUUCAAGCUGUUGCACAAAAUGAGGAACAAGUUGCUUUUGAUGCUGGAAUCACCGAAGAUGACCAGCGACGCAUCGUUUUGGACAAUACUAUGGAUAUAGGACGCGGAGAAGAGGUGCUAACAUCCGAACACUCUACCUCACGAUCCCGAUCUCUAAUGUCAUUGGUGACCAGCAGUUCAUCGAUUUUGGAUGAGAUUGGUCCUCUUCAGGCUGCUGCUCCAAAAAAGCCUUCGAAUCGUGGACGAAAGCCAAUGCAAAGUGCUGAACUGACCUCUCCUGAAAAUCGUGCUCUUUUGAAGGAAAAGGCAGCAGCAAAAGCAGCCAAAGGGGCGAAGAAGCCAACACCGCAAAAGCCAACACCGAAGAAGGCAACAACGAAGCGAGCAACACCGGACAACACCAAGCGAGCAACACCAUCACGAGCGGCCAAGCGCGUCAAACCAACAUCACCACCAUCUGAUGAAGAAACAGAUUUUUGCAUCAUUUGCUUAAAGCUGUUGCCGCUGAAAUUGACCGCUGCCAACUCGAUCAAUUGCAACGUAUGCAAGCGUCCAGUUCAUUUGAAGUGCGCCAACAUGCAGGCAAGUUAUUUCACUUGCAAACACUGCGAAAGUGACGUGGACGACGACUAGGAAUAUUUAGAUGACGAUGAUGAAUAAAAAUCGUUGUCAUUUAUGGCCAUUG